AUGGCGAGUUAUUUUGAUAUAAACGAAUUCAGCGUAGAACAGCUUAUGGCUCUCAACAGCAUCAUAGAUAGUGAUGAGGAUAUUGAUACAAGAGUAGAAGAUAUCCUUCAGGAGAGAAACUACAGGAUUGCACCUAAUGAUAAGGGCAAAAGUCCCUUUGAAGGAGAAAGACAAUUCGUAGACGAAGUUGACCGUGAUAUGGAGGUAAAGAAACCUAGACGCAUUCCCUUGAACUACAAGGGCAAAAGAGGAAUUAUGCCUACAUGGAAAUACUCUGACAGGCAAAAAGCAAAGGCCUUACUUGUAGAGGAAGCAUACCAGAAUCUACUAGCAAGAGACGUUCAGGGAUUACCACCAACAAUGGGAGGCAGAUGUCGCACGGAUGAUCCUCAAGUAAACGAGGAAAUCAAGAGAAUCGAAAAUGAAAGGAAUCCUAAGGUAAAGCGUCCCAGAGGUAGACCACCAAAGGCAAAGACUGAUGCCGAAGUGAAUAUUCCGAAGAAGAGAGGUAGACCACCAAAGGUAAAGUCUGAUGCCGAAGUGAAGAUUCCUAAGAAAAGAGGUAGACCACCAAAGGCAAAGACUGAUGUUAAGGUCAGGAAGCAAACCGUAGCAGAAAGAUUCCUGAGCCAAAGGAAGGUAAAACUCUCAGUGCCAGCAGAUAGUGUCAUAACUCCAACAGGUCCAGGUAAGUUCACAAUUUACUUGGAUCUUAAUAAGAGACCUGUAAGAAAAGCUCCCGAGGCACCUAAGGGCGUAGCUCCAUGGAAACCGAUACCCAAGCCUAGAACGGUACUUCCUAAGGAAAGACCUGUACCAAAACCUAGGACUAAGCUUCCUAAGGAAAGACCAGUUCCCAAGCCUAGAACAACCAAAGUAGUGUCUCCUCCCAAGUUACGUAAGCCUGUAAGGGUCUCGAGGGAAGUUAAGGAACAACCACCAGUGAUUACACCAGGUGAACACGAAAUUGAUCCAUUCGGAACAGAUCUCAAGAAGCCGUUCCACAGGAAAAUUGAAACAGCAGCAAAUGGAGCCGCUGUGACUUACUCGAUAACUCCUCACUAUAUGGACCCUCUGGACCAGAUGACUGCAAGUAGACAGGUAGUGAGAGGAAUACUUGUGAAUGAGUUGAAGAGAAUGGGUGGGUUGAAGUACACAGAGACUAUAAAGGUGAGAAUGUCAAAGGAAAUUGGUGACGGGAAAACCAAGAAGGACUCGAUAUACUUAAAAUCUAAGACUGGUACUACAACUAACUUCGAGGACAUUGAAAGUACUGCUGCUCAAAACCAGCUGACAAUAUUGUCCAGGAUUGAAACCUUCCAAAACUUAGGUUCAAACUGGAUUAUACUCAAUAUUGAGAGCCACUACGUAAACAUUGCAAUGUAUAAACCGUUAAAGGGUAGUUCAUAUUUAAAACUUCCACGGGACAUUAGUAAUCCAAAGUGUGGUCUCAUCAAUAUGAAAAAUGAUGAUAAUAUGUGUUUCUUGUGGAGUCAUGUGAGACAUCUAAAUCCUAAGGUCAGAAGAGCAACUACUAUUACACAAGAAGAUAGAGACUUCAUAGUGAACCUAGAUUACAAGGAUAUAGACUUCCCUGUGAAGAUAAGUGAUAUUGAUAAGAUCGAGAGGAAAAAUAGCAUCAGUAUAUCAGUGUUUGGUUAUAGUGGUAAAAAACAGUUCUACCCCAUAAGGAACUCUAAAUCCAGGUAUGAUGAGCAUAUGGAGCUUCUACUUCUAGGUGACGGUAAGGGUAACAACCAUUACGUACUCAUAAAGGAUAUUAAUAGAAUGUUGCAUAGUGUAAGUAAACACGGACACAGACAGCACUUCUGUCUACACUGUCUUCAUAGUUGUGUGAGUAAAGAGUCACUUGAAAAGCAUAAGGAAACAUGUAUGGAGGUAAAUGGAACCCAGGCUGUGGAUCACCCAAAGGAAGGUACAAAAAUAAAGUUCAAAAAUCACAGAAACUCAAUGCCUGUACCUUUUGUGAUAUACGCGAUUUUGAGUCCAUACUGGUACCUGAGGAGAGAAAAGUGGAGUCAGAAAGCUCUGAGGACAAAAGUAGUACAGACCUUUACCAGACACACAAGGCUUGCAGUUUUGGUUUGAAGACUGUCUGCCACUAUGAUGAUAAGUACUCCGGUGAGUAUAAGAGUUACGUUGGAGAGGAUGCUGCAUUAGUCUUCCUAAAGACUGUAUUGAAAGAGUCCCUGAGAUGUAGAGAAAUGGUUAACAAAAUAUUUAAGAAAAAGAUGGUAAUUACACCUGAACAAGAAUUUGAAUUCCAAGCUGCAAGGAACUGUUCAAUAUGCGGCAACGAUCUUGGUGAGAAUAGGGUAAGAGACCAUGAUCAUGUAACAGGACUGUACCGUGGAGCUGCUCAUAAUAUAUGCAACCUGAAGUACAGAAUUUCAUGGAAAGUUCCCGUGGUCUUCCACAAUCUGAGAGGUUACGAUAGUCAUCUUAUCAUGCAGGAAAUUGGUAAGUUCAAUAUGAACGUUAAUGUGAUCCCAAAUAAUAUGGAAAAAUAUAUUUCAUUCUCACUGGGUAAAAAUCUAGUCUUCAUAGACUCUAUACAGUUCAUGGCUUCUUCACUAGAGUCACUGGUAAGUAACCUUUCACCUGAGGACUUUAAAAUAGUAGGUAAGAGGUGGAAAGGUGAGGACUUUAAUUUAGUAACGCAAAAAGGAGUGUUCCCUUACGAGUUCCUCGAUGAUAUUAGCAAAUUUGAUACCAAAGGUCUUCCAAGUAAGGAUAAGUUCUACUCUUCACUGUAUGAGUCAAAGGUGAAGAAAGAAGAUUACCAGAGAGCUCAAAAGGUAUGGGAUCACUUUAGAAUGAAAACCAUGAGAGACUACCACGAUCUCUACUUGGAGACCGACGUUCUUCUGCUAGCUGAUGUGUUUGAAAACUUCAGGAGAACAUGUCUGGAAAAUUACAAACUAGACCCUGCACAUUACAUGUCAGCACCUGGUUUAAGUUGGGACGCUUUUCUAAAACAGUCAGGUGAAGAAAUAGAACUUGUAAGUGAUAUGGAUAUGUUCCAGUUCUUCGAGAAGGGUAUGAGGGGUGGUAUAAGUUAUAUUGCUCACAGACACUCAACAGCAAAUAAUAAGUACAUGGAAACGUACAACGAGUCGUCUGAAAGUAAAUACUUAAUGUACCUCGACGCCAACAAUUUAUAUGGCUGGGCAAUGUCACAAUCACUUCCUAAUGGAGAGUUCGAGUGGGUCGAGGAAGUUGAUAAUAUAAAUCUAGAUGAUUACCUGGAAGACAGCAAAAGAGGUAUGGUUUUAGAGGUUGACCUAGACUAUCCUGAGGAACUUCACAAUCUACAUAACGGCUAUCCUUUAGCACCAGAGAGUAAGGAAAUUGAUGCUUCCAUGUUGUCAGAUUAUGCUAAAAAUAUUGCUGAGAAAUUCCAGUUGAAAAUUGGAGGAGUAAGAAAACUUGUAACCUCACUAGGUCCAAAGAAGAACUACGUCUUACAUGUACGUAAUCUGAAACUGUACACAGACCUUGGGAUGAAACUAACAAAGAUCCAUAGAGCAGUUACAUUUAAACAGUCUCCCUGGCUCAAGGACUAUAUAGACUUCAAUACAAGAAAAGGGUCAGUAGCUCGUAACACGUUCGAAAAGAACUUCUUCAAGUUGAUGAAUAAUUCGAUUUACGGAAAGACUAUGGAAAAUCUUAGAAAAAGGGUUGAUGUAAAAUUAGUGUCCUCCAAAGAUGACCUCCUAAAACUGACAGCUUCACCAUGCUUCCAGUCACAUCGAAUUAUGAAUGAAAAUCUUAUAGUGGUAAAGCGAAUGAAAGAGGUUCUAACGCUAAAUAAACCUUGCUAUGUGGGAAUGAGCAUUCUAGACUUAUCAAAGACUUUAAUGUAUGAUUUUCAUUACAACAUAAUUAAAAAGGAGUACGGUAAUAAUUCAAGGCUACUGUUCACUGAUACUGACAGUCUAAUGUAUGAACUGAAGACGGAUGAUGUUUAUGAGGACUUUAAGAGAAUUGGUGAAAAGCAAAACUGUUGGAAUAAUUCAGAUUACCCAAAAGAUUCUCCGUACUACUCAACUCACAAUAAGAAGGUUAUAGGUAAGUUUAAGGAUGAAGCUGAAGGAGUACCUAUAAUUGAGUUUGUUGGGUUGAGGUCAAAAAUGUAUUCCUAUGUAAAGGAAAACGGUGGAGGUGGAAUGACUGCUAAAGGAGUUAAAAAGUAUGUCAUCAGAAACAAGCUCACUCAUGAGAACUUUAAGAAUGUAAUUAAUACGAAAGGUAGGAUGAGACAUAAUAUGAAUACAAUUAGAAGUGUAAAGCAUACAAUUGGAACUUACGAAUUAAAGAAGGUUACUCUGAGUUGCUUUGAUGAUAAAAGGUAUCUUUUAGAGGAUGGAGUUACCAGUUAUGCUUACGGACAUCGAAUGAUCAACAAAACAGACACCAAAAAGGUCACCGAAAAAGAAAUAAAACACAUCUGUGUACCAAUAAGGGUCGAACCAAAAAGUUAGUACUGUACAUUCAAAAGAGUAGAAAACAUCUACGAUAAGAUCCCCGAAAGUAGAGUAGUACUACCCGAAAAAGCAACCAUAAAAACAAAUAUGACAGAAUCAGAAGUGUACGGGGAAUGGUUACGAAACUGUUGGGAUAAGGAAAGUUCACUUGCAAAAUACGCAGAAUUAAAUUUCUACAAUCUAGAAUUGGAGGAUGAUAUUUUUGAAAACAACGAAGAAAAUAAAAUAGAACCAGAACCAGAACAAGAGAACUGGGAAUACGAUUUAGAAGAACUCCAGAAAAUAGCGAAGCAAAUUAAGAGGAGGAGGGAGUCCAAGAAACUUACCCCAUUAAGAAUGAUUUUACCAGACACUGAGUCCAUUAAGAGAAAAAUGGAAAUCCUACCUCCAGGAUCAAGGAAAGAGCUAAAAAUACUAUUAAAACAAAAAAGACAAACACUAGAAUUAAUUGGAACUAGGGAAUUAAAAAAAUAG